AUGGAUGGCGAAACACACUCCGGCGAGGCCGAGCAGGAGAUGACCCGGCUCUGGCGCACAUUUAAGACAGUCUAUGAAUUGCUUGCGGACCGGGGCUACGAAGUAUCUGAGGACGAGCUGGCCCUCGAUCUGAAUGAAUUCCGCUCAAAAUACUCCGACCCUCUGGGCUACCCUGACCGCACCAAGAUGAAAAUCCAAGCCCGCCCCACGGAAACCAUGAAGAUGAAGUACACACCACUUCCCAGCAAAGCAAACCCAAACCCGCAACCAGACUGCGGCACAAUCUACGUUGAUUUCUGCCCAGACGCCUCAGGCGUCGGAACCAAGCAAGUCCGCGCCUUCAACCACCUGGUCGACGAGAACAACUUCCACACCGGAAUCUUCAUCACGCAAACCCCGAUCUCGCCCUCGGCCGUGCGCCUGCUGAGCGGAGUCCCUGGCCGCAUCUGUGAGCACUUCCAAGAGCAGGAUCUACUGGUCAACAUCACCCGCCACGAGCUGGUGCCCAAGCACGUCCUGCUCAGCCCGGAGGAGAAGGCCCGUCUGCUCGAGCGCUACCGCCUGAAGGAGUCGCAGUUGCCCCGUAUACAGGUGUCUGAUCCUGUUGCGCGCUACCUUGGUCUGCGCCGUGGUCAGGUUGUUAAGAUUAUUCGCAAGAGUGAGACUGCCGGUCGGUAUGCCAGUUACCGCUGGGUCAUCUAA